AUGGCUCACCAAGGGAAAAGCUCAGAGAAAUGGAGCGAAAUGGACAGCUCCAAGGAGUCGCUAGAGGUGCCGGAAAAAGGCGCAUCAGGCCGCUCAUCUCCCGCUCUGGCUGCGACGGAACCAGCGCGCCGAACACCGUCGCCGCAUCAACAUGCGACACGCGCCAGUGCACCUUCCUCUCUACCUGUUGAUCUGCAGCUCAAGGUUAAGACGCAGCAGGGACGGCUCCGCUCAAUGAGGCGUCUGCUCACUAAGCUCCACGAGAAUUCGGGCCAGCUCUCGAAGGAAGAGCUCGACGACCUGAAGCAGCAGGCCGACGAAGCCCUGAAAGCAUUUGGGAAAGAGCACGCUCAUUUCGAGGUGGUGUGGCCCUCCUCGAUGACGGAUCACCCAUAUUUCAACGAGGAACUUCAUGAGCAGAUGCAGGACGCUCACUCCGACGCUAAGUCCCUGAUCGCCAAGGAGAGGGCCAGGCUCACGGCUCAACGACCGGUUCAACAGACAGAGCAACCAACCAAGACGCCAGCUCAAUCUAAGCUACCUGACAUCGCACUGCCUAAGUUCAAUGGCAGUUACACCGACUGGCCCUCAUUUAUUGAUCUGUUCACCUCAGUAGUGAUCAACAGAGAGGACUUGGACGACGUCCAGAAAUUUUACUAUCUCAAGGGAUGCCUGCGAGGAGAGCCGCUCAAGAUCAUCUCAAACCUAUCACUCACCGGAUCAUCGCUCAAUUCAGCCAUCGCCCAGCUCAAGAGCCGUUAUGAGAACAAACGCCGGCUCAUACAAGCUCAUUUAGAUCAACUGGCGUCGCUACCUGCUGGACCGCCGACCAUGGCAGCUGAGCAAGCGAAGAGCCUGAGCCAGCUCAUUUCGACAGCUCUGGAGACGAGAAACGCUGUGCUCAAUUUGGUGGAUGCGGGAACACUGGGCGACUGUAUGCUGGUGCAUCAGGUUAGCCGCAAGCUGGACCGUACGACCAAGGAGAGGUGGGAGUUGUCGCUCGGGGCGACGACUGAGUUUCCAAGGUUCGACUCGCUGGUGGAAUUCGUCACCGCCCGUGUGAGGACCUUGGAGUCGCUAAGCGAGGACCAGGCGAAGGCAGCUCAACCAAGAGCGGCACCAGCGCGGCAAACAGCUCAACCUACACAGCUCCGAAGUCCAGUUCACGCCGCAGUAGCUGCAGCGCCAGCUCACCAGACGGCUCCGCGAAGCACCGAGACGCCCCACUCGGAGCGACCAUCGCCCUUCGAGUGCUGUGAUUGUUGCGGAGGGCAACAUUAUAUUGUUGCCUGCGCGCUCUUCAGGAGCAUGACACCAAAGGUACGAGCUCAGUGCAUUGAAACCAAGCGCCUGUGCUAUAACUGCCUGGGCAGGCACAGCGUACGCUCGUGUUCCGAAAUCUCGUUCAUCUCCGAAGAACUCACCCGUCUGCUCAACCUUCGGAGACACAGAUCAUCCAUCACAAUCAUUGGUGUUGGUGGAACAAAAUCAACUGAAACAAAGUGUGUGGUCACUGUCAUACUCCAAUCGAUGCAUUCACAACAGACUGUCUGCAUCCAGGCUCACGUGCUCACAGCCGUAUCGACAAUCCUGCCAUCGUUCUCAAUGAGAACUCCGGAUUGGCCUCACAUUAGAAAAUUGAGGUUGGCGGACAAUGAUUUCUUGACACCACGACCAGUCGAUUUAAUCAUUGGAGCGGAUUUCUACGGAAGGAUCAUCAAGCCAAAUAUCAUCAAGGGCUCACCAACAACACCAAUUGCUCAACUUUCCAUUUUUGGAUGGCUCGUCAUUGGCCCAGUCAACGAAUCACAUUCAAAUACUCAUUAUUCACAUUUUGCAGUUGCUCAAGACGACCAGAGCAAUCUGCAAGCGCUGCUCACCAAAUUCUGGGUUCAAGAGGAAUCACCAAUGGAUGUUCCAAGCACGCUCACUCCGGAGGAAGAAGAAUGCGAAUCACAUUUCUGUGCGACUCAUUCUCGUGAUCACACAGGAAGAUGUUUACAAAGCACGUUGCGACGACUCUCCAAGGAUUCAACAUACAACCAGCUCUACGUCGAGUUCAUGAAAGAGUACGAAGAAUUAGGACACAUGGUAAAGGCUCCAGAUCACCAAAGAAUUUCAUCAAGAGAGGCUGAGAACGUUGGGCCUGAUGGGGAGAUGACCUUGGCACAUGAUGCUUCGGCAUCAGGAGGGUUGAGGGUCUCUUCUGACGGUUCAACACCUCAGACCUCUGCUCAUCUUCAACCAUAUUAUUUGCCUCACCAUGGAGUUCUACGUCUCGACAGUUCAACAACGAAGCUCAGGGUUGUAUUCAACGGAUCAAAAGCUACGACAUCAGAUGUUCUAAUUUGGCUUCGCCAUUAUCACCACAUUUUUGCCACAGACAUCACAAAAAUGUAUCGCCAGGUAGCAGUUCACAAGGAUGAUUGGGAUCUCCAGCGAAUCCUUUGGAUCGAUGAAGACCGCAAUGUCAUCCCUUACCAGCUCACAACUGUCACGUACGGUACAAAGGCGGCUCCCUUCCUGGCGACACGAGCACUCAUGCAACUUGUUCACGAUGAGGGUCAUCGAUUCCCUCUGGCAACGCCUUCGCUCACACAUGGCAGAUAUGUGGACGAUAUCUUUGGAGGAGCAGACUCAAUCUCGGAACUUGUGGAGGUCGCUCAACAGCUGAUUGCAUUGUGCAACGCGGGCGGAUUUCCACUCGCAAAAUGGCAUGCGACUCACCCAGAUCUUCUACGGGCUGUUUCGUCAUCCACACAAUCGUCAGCUCCCAUAUCAUUUGACGACUGCACUACCAAAUUACUCGGUAUUCAAUGGAUGCCUCAAACUGACGCAUUCGGCUUCUCAUCAACUUUGACUGAUCAACCAAGUUUCGUCUCACCGGUAAUAGUACGAGCAAAAAUGCUAUUACAAGAACUCUGGCUACACAAAAUCAAUUGGGACGACCAAUUACCGUCUCAAAUUGUAUCACGAUGGUUCAUUAUCAGAGAAGAUCUCAAAGGUUUGGCCAAACUGACAAUUCCAAGAUGGUUCAACACAUGGAACAAUUCAACUGUAGAAAUUCAUGGAUUCUCUGAUGCUUCUCAACUUGCCAUGGCAGCAGUGAUUUACAUCACUACAAAAGUUGCACCACUGAAGAGGCUCACGAUACCCAGAUUGGAGUUGUCGGCCGCACUCCAACUGGCAAAACUCACAAAAUAUGUUCAAUCAACGCUCAAGGUGAAGAUCAAUGCAACGCACCUAUGGACAGACUCUCAAGUUUCGCUCAUAUGGAUCAAAUCGCAAGCAUCACGUUGGAAGGAUUAUGUUCGGAACAGAGUCAUUCAGAUCCAAGAACUCACUCCAAAUGCGCAUUGGAGGCAUGUUCCAGGUACUUCUAAUCCAGCCGACUGUGCUUCCCGAGGCAUUUCGACAGAUCAACUCCAACGAUUCGAGCUUUGGUGGAAAGGUCCUCCAUGGAUGGUUCGAGAUCAAGAUCAUUGGCCAGAGCAAAAGGAAUUCUCAACUUUAACCAGCGAGCUCGAAGUGAGACCCAAUGUCUCACUUUUUGCUUCAGCUCAAAAGCUAAGUUAUCAUUGGGAUCUCAUUUAUAAAUAUUCAUCUCUUAUUAAGCUGUAUAGACUGACUGCACUUUGUUUCAGGUUUGCCUCACGGCUUAAGAGAAAGCUCGAAACUCCUCCUGCGAUCAUCAUACCAUCCUGCGACAUGGAGAAGGCGCAGCUCUUCUGGAUUCACGCGACUCAACACUUGUAUUUCACCAGCGAAAUCAAGACGCUCAACUCAGGCUCAACCCUGCCUGCAACUCACCCCUUCAGUCGCCUCACCGCCUUCAUCGAUUCGCAGGGAACAAUACGAGUAGGAGGAAGACUCACAAACACAGCGCUCAGCAGGGAUGAAAAACAUCCAGCGAUCCUCCCACGGGACGCUCACCUGUCGAAGAUCAUCAUUGAAGAUGCUCACAAGCGAACAUUUCACGGAGGAACGCAGCUCAUGCUCGCAUACAUUCGACAACGGUACUGGAUCAUCGGUGGCAGAGCUCCUGUAAAAUCUUACAUUUUGAGAUGUGUCGUGUGUGCUCGUCAGAGGGGGAUUCGUGCUCGUCAGAUGAUGGGUCAACUACCUCUCUGUCGAGUCACACCAUCACGACCAUUCGCUCACACCGGUGUCGAUUAUGCAGGACCGAUCACAAUGAAAAAUUCAAAGGGAAGAGGCUCGAAAACAAUCAAAGGAUGGAUCUGCGUGUUCGUAUGUUUCUCCUCAUCAGCUGUUCACCUCGAGGUUGUCAGCGAUUACUCAACCGAGGGAUUUCUGGCAGCCUACAGAAGAUUCUCAUCACGAAGAGGGAUCGCUCACAAGUUGUACUCUGACUGUGGUACAAAUUUCAUUGGAGCACAGGCAGAGUUCAAACGCCUGUUCACGUCAAGUUCACAGGAGCACCGGCAGAUCGCAUCGAUUCUGUCAGCUGACAGCACUCAAUGGAUGUUCAACCCACCAGCUGCUCCUCACAUGGGAGGAAAAUGGGAAGCUGUGGUGAAAUCAAUCAAGUACCAUCUCAGGAGAACAAUUGGUGAGCUCUUACUAACAUUCGAAGAGUUUUCCACUCUCCUCACACAGAUCGAAGCGGUGCUCAACUCAAGACCAUUGGAGCCGCUCAGUGACGAUCCCGACGACAUCUCUGCGCUCACCCCAGGACACUUCCUCAUCGGUUCAGCGCUCAACACGAUACCAGAACCAUCACUGCUCGACGUCUCACCAGGUAGAUUGUCGAAAUGGCAACUGAUCCAGCAAAGGGUUCAACACUUCUGGUCUCAGUGGUCUCGACACUACCUGCAGAGACUUCAAUCAAUCUCAAAGUGGCAUCAUCCAUCGAACGACAUCAAGACAGGCUCGUUGGUGCUGCUCACGAACGAGCAUCUUCCACCGAGCAAGUGGCCACUCGCAAGAGUGACCGAAGUUCACCCCGGCAAGGAUGCCCUCACCAGGGUCGCAACCGUGAAGACUGCAACCACGACUCUCGUCAGACCGAUCACCAAGCUUGUCAUCCUGCCUGUUCACCAUCAAGCUGAGCUCACCUCUGCAGAAACAUCAUCAACGAGUUGCUGA